AUGUCCGAGACUCGAGCCUUCACAGUUCGACCGCUGUCAAAGCAAACAAGAACUGAUCAUAGAGAUGCCUUUCGUGUUUAUCUCUCCUCGUCGUCCCUGGCUUUUCUGAAGCUCAGAGCUGGAGAUGUGUGCAAUAUUAGUCUCGCCGACGGUCCAUCGAAAACGGCAAUAGCUUGGAACGCGACCGAGAACAUUCAAAAUACGGUUGUACAGACCUCAAGAACUCUUCAGGAAUGCUAUGGAUUCAAAAUUGGGGAGAAGAUUACAAUAUGCAAGGUCGAUGGGCCCCUCAAUAAGAUCGACAAAGUCUCCAUUAUAGAGUGUUCAGAUAGUGAUAGGAUUGCAAGAUACGGCGCGAUUCCACCCUCUGACAUAAUCCACUGGUCAUGGUCCCUGGAGUUUCCUCUUCUGAAAUGCGAUGGCAUUACUGUUGGCCUAGUAUUUGAGAUAGAGCUUAGGGGUCAACGCCGAAGCUUCAGAGUGGCAGAUAUCUCAGGCGAAGAUGGAAGUACUGCCUGUACUCUCUUCAGGUUCGCUGAAACCAGCGAGAUCAUAAUGGGCGAAGAUCUUAAGAAACCUCUAGAGCGCGGAACUUCCAAUAUCCAAGUGCGGCCGACUGGGCUGGGAGGAAUGGACCGGCAAAUUGAGAGUAUCAAUGAAAGUCUUGCUGACUUUAACCCUGGUCUAGUCAAUCUAAUAAUGCCUUCAUUCUAUGAACACAGUCGAGGCAUUCUUCUUUAUGGUCCGAAGGGAACAGGUAAGACGGCGCUUCUGGAACAGAUUAAAGCAGCAGGGUGGAGGCAAACAUUCCAUAUUGGAUCCUCAGCCUUUGGCCGCAAUAUCGGGGAUGCCGAAUCCAAGAUGCGCAAUAUAUUCCAAGAAGCAAUGCGUUCUCAACCCAGUGCAAUCCUGAUUGACCAGGUGGAGUUCAUUGCGCCUAGACGGACAUCGCUCGAUAGCCAGUCGUUGGCAUCGGUUCUAUGCGAAUGCAUUGACGCUACAAAGAAUGCAUUCGUUUUGAUUGUGGCUGCAACCCGUCACCCAAAUGAUGUCGAUGAUGCCCUGAGGACACCGCAUCGACUAGCGACUGAGAUUGAACUGCAUAUUCCGACAGCACAUGAUCGAGCUAAAAUUUUGCGUGCUAUAUGUGGAUCCCCAUCCCCGGCAUUGAGCGAUACCCUCAUAGACUUGAUAGCGGAGAAAACACAUGGUUACGUGGGUGCCGAUCUCUUCGCUUUGCUACAGUUGAUCAGUCGCAAGGCACGGCAAAGACAGACGUUGGAACAUGAGCUUUGUUUUGGUGACAAACGCAUACCUGCCGAUAAUGCUGUUGAAGGUCCGACCACUCAUGAACCAGGAACAGCUAUACAUAUCAAGGACGUUGAUGUCCUAUCAGCCCUGCAGGAAACUCGACCUACUGCUAUGCGCGAAGUGUUCUUGGAGACGCCCAAGGUCAGGUGGUCGGACAUUGGUGGGCAGCACGAGAUCAAGAGACGUUUGCAGAAAGCAGUGGAGCGUCCAUUGAAGCAUCCUGAGCGAAUGAGGAGGCUUAAUUUGACCAGCAAGAAGGGUGUACUUCUUUACGGGCCACCUGGAUGCUCUAAGACGUUGACAGUGAAAGCAUUGGCCACGGAAGCAGGGCUUAACUUCCUGGCAGUCAAGGGAGCCGAGAUCCUAAGCAUGUACGUUGGGGAAUCUGAACGAGCAUUAAGAGAAAUUUUUCGAAAAGCUCGUUCUGCAAGGCCCAGCAUCAUAUUCUUCGAUGAGAUAGACGCUAUCGCCUCGAAACGUGGCACUUCAUCACAAGGCGGGGUUAAUGUUCUUACAACUCUUCUCAAUGAAAUGGAUGGCAUCGAGGAGCUUAAAAGUGUCCUAGUCAUCGCCGCCACAAACAAACCUGAAGUGAUAGACCCGGCGUUGAUGCGCCCCGGUCGAUUGGACAAUAUACUUUACAUAGGACCUCCCGACUACGAGGCGCGGAAGGAAAUCCUGGACAUAUGGUUUCGCAAAUCCGUCAUUAACCCGGAAGUUGAGGUGGACGUGUUGGCCAUGAAGACUGACGGGUAUUCAGGGGCUGAGAUCGUGAGCAUAUGUGAGACAGCCGGUGAUGCUGCGUUGGAUGCAGAAGAGGAGACCGGCGAAGCGCAAGAUAUCCGAUGGGAGCAUUUCGAAUAUGCGCUUAAGCAGCUUGGCCUUGGUGGUUUCCUAGAAAGCUCCCUCCACCAAGUGGAUCCUGUAGGAUGCCAGAAAGAUACACUCGGGGCCGCUCUCGUGGCCGUUUGCCAUCCUCGGAAUUUGAUCGGGCCCCAUCCUUGCAGCGUUCUUUGUCCCCUCGCUCAGAAUCGAAAUUCAACACUACACCCCGGAGUCGUUCUGUGGAGCGUGGUGCUGUUCGCCGCACUGGUCACCGUUCCAGAAGCUGGUCGCGGUCACCGUCGCACAACAGAGCGCUAUCCCGUAGUCGAAGCCGAAGCCGAAGCCGAAGCGAAGCUCCCAGACGUUACAGGAAGAAAGACUUCAGCCGGACUCCGAGUCCCUCUGCCGAUGCUUCAAGAAGCUCAAAGGUCGGUUGCGCUUGCAUCAUUCCAAUCUAUAGUUAUUGAAAAGUUGACCAAAAAUGUUACCGAAUCACAUCUUCGGGAGAUAUUUGGUGGUUUUGGUGACAUACAAAGUCUUGACCUUCCCAUGAACAAAGCCUUCAUGACAAACAGGGGCACUGCAUACAUACUCUACCACGAUCCUGCGGAUGCAGAGGCAGCCAUCGCGCACAUGCAUGAAGCUCAGCUAGAUGGUGCCAUGUUGAAUUUCAACAUAGCAGAGCAAGCUUUGGCCGCCCAGGACACGGCCGCGGACCCCCGUCGGAUAGUCGCGCUCCAAGGUCACCGCCACCGGCUAGGAAAUAUCGCCGUUCUCGGCAUAUGGAAAGGCAUGACAUCUAUAGGCCUCGCUCUCUGUCGCGUUCCAGGUCGCCACGCCGCUCUCGAUCCCUUUCUUCCAAAUCCCGUUCAACUUCACCACCGCCAAGGCGGACACAUUCGCGUAUGGACGGCUCUCAACGUCGCCGUCGCCGUAGCCCGAGCUACAGCAGCUAUGGCUAUAGCAGUCGCAGUGAUAGGGAACGGAGCGCGAGCCUAA